AUGGCCGACGCCGCCACGUACGACUCGGGACAGUACACCGGCUGGGACGCCGCACCCGACCCGCCAGCCGCAGCCACCACGGCCGCGUGGGACACCUGGACCGCCGACGACUCGCAGCCCACCUCGACCGCCGCCGACCAAGACUGGACCGCGGCCACGACGACCCAGGCGUGGACAGAGCAAGCUUGGACGUCGACGACUACGACGAGCGCAGCGGCGAGCCCGUGGUCCCCCACCGCCGCCGCAUGGACUUCCCCCUCCUCGUCCUCGUCCAUCUGGACCCAGCCUCCCUCGUCCUCGCCGACUACCUCGUCAGCCACGGCCAUGGCCACAUCUUCUACCUCUUCUUCUUCUUCGGCCUCGUCGUCGUCGGCCACCUCGGCCGCCACCGUCGCCUCGACCUCGUCCACCUCCUCGACCGACCGGUUCGCGACCGUCUCGCGCUACUCGAACCCGUCCCAGGCCGCCCUCGCGUCCGACGCCUCGGGCAACGGCACGAGCUCGAGCUCGCCCUUCAAGAUCUCGUACCUCAUCCCCGUCUUUGUCGGCCUGCCCAUCAUCGCCGCCUUCGCGCUCGCCGCGUGCACGUACGGCAAAUGGUGGGGCCGCGGCGGCAAGGCGCGCUCGGCGGGCGACGACGACGACGCGCACUACACGGACGGCAACGUCGGCGCCGGCGCGUGGUGGGGCGGCGCAGUCGGCGGCGGCUCGUUGCGCAGCCGCAAGGGCGGCGUCGACCCGGACCAGGACGCCGAGGAGCGCGGCGGGCUCGUCGACGACAAGUACGACGACAAGGACGCCGGCUCGUCGCCGAUCAAAGGCGGCGGCGCGUCGCGGUGGAGCAACCUGCUCGGCGGCGGGUCGAGGCCCGAGCGCUUCGAGGACCACCCCGACGUCCCCUUCCUGUCGAUCUCGCACGCCCCAGCCGUCCAAGACGCGCCGUUCGUCCCUCCUCCUCGCUCGUCGUCGACGCACGACUUCCUCGCUCGCGGCCAAGUCGCUCAGGGCCCGAGCGCCCGUCACCUCGGCCCGGGCCCGUGGGCGUCGACCUCGGCGGCGCACCGCUGGGUCGCCCGCAGCGGCAGCGUGCGCAGUACAAGCAGUCGGCUGAGCGACAAGAUCCGGGCGCGGUUCGGCAUCGGCCAGGGCGCGCGCGACGACUGCCCGUCGCCGUCCGUCUACUCGCCCAACGUCGAGGCGGGCACCAUGGGCACGGCCGGCGCCUACAUGGGCCUGCACAGCGCGCUCGAGGAGGACGACGACGAGCACGUCGACGGCGGCAAGGUCGACUACGAUGCGCUGCUCGGUGCGGCCCGAGUCGGGCACGGCGACCUCGCGCGCAAGUACGCCCAGGGCGAGGUCACCGACGAGCAGCUGUUCCCUCCUCGACACGAGCAGCGCGUCGACCCGGCCCUCGAGCACGACGCGCGCGAGCGCUACUACGCCCGGCACGGCGCGCCGUCGCAGCCGGCUUCGAGCGGCCCUUUCGCCGCCGCCACCGGCCAGCCGUACCGCGACGCCCCGCCCGCCUUUGCCGUCACGCUCCCGAGCGCCCCGUCGCGGCUCCAGGUCUCGCCCAAGAAGUCGGCGACGGUCCUGUCGCGCGCUGCGCCCGAGACGCCCGAGCGCGAGCGCACCGGCGGCAGCCACGCCCUCGGCACAGGCGACCUCCUCUUCUCGUACGAGUCGCCCGUCCGCAGCGCCACGGCGUCGGCUCAGCGUCGCCCGCUCCCCUCUGCGCCUCGCGCCUCGCCAACGCGCGCCUCGACCGCCCCGCUCACCGACGCGCCGCCCCGCAUCCCGUUCCGCCAGCAGGCCCCACCUCAGCUCUCGCGCCACGCCGCACCUCCUCCCUCGAGCCCGUCGCGCCCCGACAUCUUCUCGAGCGCCGCUGCUGCCGCUGCCGCGCCGCCGCCGCCGACGACGAGCCGCGCGCCGGUCGGCUCGCCCAUGCCGGCCUACGACGGCCUCGCGUCGAGCGACGAGCCGCUCUCGCUCGAUGGCGUCGGCGCGUACAUGUUUGGCGCGCCGGCUGUCGUACCGCAGAGCGAGCGCCGUGGCACGACGACGAGCGGCGGCGGCGGGCGCACGUCGCCGACCAAGGAGCGCGCGCUCGGGCCUCGCGCCGAGCAGCAGCGCCCGCAGCCGCAGCCGAAGCACAAGCGCUCGGGCUCGGACCUGCAGCAGGGCAUGAGCUCGGCGCCGAUGGCUGCCCGCCAGCAGGCGCACGAGCCGUCGUCGGCGUCUCGCAGCAGGUCGACGCCGACCAAGGUUCGGCCCGUCUCGGCGUACGCCCAGCUGCCGAGCCAGCCUCAGCAGCAGCAGCAGCAGCAGCAGCAGCGUCUGGCUCAGCUCCCGAGCCGGCAGGACCUGCGCUCGACGGCGGCGGCAGCAGCGACGGCGCCGACGAGCCGAGCGCGCGAGUCGCUCGGGUUCGACCCGACCUUUGGCGAGGGCCCGGCGCUCGCGCCCCUGCAGCACCCGUCCAAGGUGCGCGCCGCGAUCGAGAACAUCGAGACCCGAGGGCCGGCGCCGCAGCAGCAACAGCAGCACCGCAAGACGGCCUCGUCGUCGUCGCCGACCAAGGGUCAGGCGGCGCCGACGACGUACCGGCGCGCGCUCGGGCGCAAAGCGCUCGACAGCGACUCGGACGACGACCGCGACACGGUGUCGACGGCGACGCACGACACGGAGCACGGCGACGACGCCGAGGCGAUCGCGACCAAGCGCCGCCUGUCGACCCUCAUCCUCAACCGGUCCAAGUCGCAGUCGGGCACGCUCGGCGGCAGUGGAGCCGAGGGCGACUCGUCGCCCGAGCCGACGAGCUUUGAGAACGAGGGGCGCAGGGAGAGGCCGCUGUCGAGCGACCCUCGGCGCCUGUCGAUGAUGCUCCGCCGAGGCUCGAGCGGCGCGCACCUCGCGACGCUCGGCAGCGACGAGUGA